CCCAAUUCCUGAGUCUGAAUAGGGAUUGAUGCUGUAAUAUUGAUAAUUGUAUUACAACUAUGGCUAUAUAAUAGUUGUCAAGAUUCAGAGGGAAUUUAGUCAGCAUCUCAUUCUGUUCAAUGUUCGGAUUUUGGAACUUGAGGAUACUAGCCAUGAAUAGGUGGUUACAUCUUCUUUGCUGAGGCGUGUUGCAAGCUUUGUUACUAGAAAUGAGUAAGCCGCCUAGUGAUGAUGAUAACGCUUAUCAAUUGCUAGCUGCAUCUCAGAAGCUAUUUGCACUUGCAUUAGUAUAUCUCCAUCCCUAUUUUUACCUGCCAUUACAGGGAUCAUCAUUUGACCAGCGUAACAGGUUUCCUUGCACCAGUUUGGUACCGGUUCUUGACAAUGAUUUUCUAUCAUUCUUACUGUUCAGUUACUUGUGGAGUAUUGAAGAGUUGCUGUUCAAUUCCAUGCUAACCGACCAGUGUUCCUAUCUGAUUUGUUUUCGAAAGAUUGAACUGGGAAGGCUUUCUGCAACAAUACCCGUUCUUUUCAUGAGGAAAUUCUUGGUGGAACGGUUCAAGUCCCAACUCUAACUGGGGAUGUUGUUCUCAAGGUUCCUCCUGGCACUCAACCUGUUCAUAAGGUUGUACUGAAGAGAAAAGGUUAGAAGAGUAUAUGGAUGUUUUCGAAUUUUAUGCAAAUUUCCAACCUGCAUAUGAUGCUCUUAGUGAUCGAGUGUCUCGCGUAUGGAAUUGGGAUAAAUGCUCUUAGUAAAUUUUCUGCACAUGUAUGGCAAUCUCAUCUUAUAUCUAUAUACUUGUUCAAACUUGGCCUUUCUUUUUUAUG